UGAGGAGCGGAUGCAGCGCAUUGCCUUUCUCGUUGACAGUAACCAUGGUAACGACCAACGCGGUGCACCCCUCAGGGAGACUCCGUGUGGAUGUAGUACAAUCGGCAUCAUCGAAUGGCUGCGGCGGCUCGGAUUAUCUCGCUGCUAUGUGACGGCGCUGCAUCUUUGGCCCCUAUCCGCAUCCUCAGAUCAGCGAUUAUCCGCAUCCGCACCCAUGGAAUCUCAGGUGAGCCCGGCCCAGGCUGGCUGCGGCUGAAAAUCUUGCGCGCGAAAUCCGCAUCUUCCUUUUCUUUUCCUCUGUUUUUUCGCACGCCAAGGAACUAAAUGUAUGCGUUUUGGAAAAAUUGAUCGCGCUAGCAAAGAGCGUUUGAUGCACGUAGAAUGUGAUAACACGAUGUAGUCAACUACCUCUGCAAUCCUGCUCACACAAAAAACACUCGGUGACGUUUGAAACCUGGAUCUGCUUUUUAUUUUUUGCGGUGAAUCUACCUGUGCACCAUUAACUGAGCUUUCAUUACUUCUGAAUGCAUUUAUUUCUACCACCGAGACACGAAAAUGUGAAUGUUUGAGUACUGUGGACCAUUUGUUCUGCAUUUCGUAACCUUGUGGAUUAUUUGAAGACUAUGUGUUGUACUGAGUGCCUACUUACAAGGAGCUGCUUGUGUUGUACUUUUAGGUGAUCAGUGAUCAAGAAGGUGACUAACCUACUGGCCUGGACGGUGCCGGGCCAUGGGCACAUUGUGUCAUAACUUCAUUACUGCAACAGCCACCUUGUUCCUUAUUGUCUUUGCGGCGCACCUCUGUGAGGUGGAAUCUUCGGGCAUUUUCGAGCUGGAUCUAGUGUCUUUCGAGAACCGCGGGGGCCGAGACUACCUGGGCGGCUGUUGCAGUGGCCGGUCUGAGGGCCCUUUCUCUACUCGCUGCCAGGGCACCUGCCCCGUCUACCUGCGCGUCUGCGUUAAGCACUAUCAAGCCACUGUUGAACCCGAUAGCGCUUGCACUUUCUACGAAUUCUCGACUCCCGUCCUCAACGAAACCUCCCAACUCUCUCAGCAGCACAACAUGUCUUUCGAUCUCAAGUUCACCUGGCCGGGGCAAUUUACUUUGAUUGUUGAAGCCUGGCAUCCUACCGCCAGAAAAGGUGGCAACAAAAUUCUUGUCGCGAGGUUCAUAGCUCAACGAGCGCUACAGAUUGGUGCUGAUUGGACCGAAGAUCGACUUACCAGCAACGAGAGUACUCUGGACGUUCUGUAUCGCGUGUACUGUGCGGAAAACUACUACGGGCCCAAGUGCGAAAGUUUGUGUCGACCUCGAAAUGACAAGUUUGGGCACUACACGUGUGGAGAAGACGGUGGAAAGCUGUGCAGGCCGGGCUGGACUGGAAUUUACUGCGAAAGGGCUGUAUGCUUGCCAGGGUGCCAUCAUGAGCAUGGGACGUGUGACCAACCUAAUGAAUGCAAGUGUCGUCAUGGUUGGGAAGGGCAAUACUGUAAUUCCUGCAUAAGGUAUCCUGGUUGCAGCCAUGGGACAUGCGAUAACCCUUGGCAGUGUAAUUGUGAUGAGGGAUGGGGUGGACUCUUUUGUGAUCAAGAUCUCAAUUAUUGUACAAAUCACAAGCCUUGCAAGAAUGGAGGUACUUGUACAAAUACUGGACAAGGAUCUUAUACUUGUAGCUGUAGUGAAGAGUAUAUGGGAGAAGAUUGUGAUGUCCUUCGAAAUCCCUGUGAAGGGAAUCCUUGUAGAAACAAUGGGAUAUGCAAGAAUCCCAGUUCUGGAGAAUAUGAAUGUGAAUGCAGAGCAGGGUUUUUUGGACCACAUUGUGAAACUUCAGCUAGUAUAUGCACUGAUAACCUUUGUGAAAAUGGAGGUUCUUGUGUUCAAGAUCCUAGUGGUUUUAUUUGUUCCUGCCCUCAGGGAUUUUCUGGAGUUUUGUGUGAGAAGAUAGAAAAGAAUUCUUGCAUAGCAGGAUACUGUCUGAAUGGUGGCACCUGCAUAGAACUCUCUAGUGGUUUUUACUGCCACUGUCCUCCAGGUCUUACUGGAGAACGCUGUGAGAACAUAGUCACUUGUUCCUCAAGUACCUGUAAAAAUGGAGGUACAUGUUCUGAACAUUUAGGAAUUGUAAAGUGCAAGUGCUUAGCUGGAUUUUCUGGUUCUCACUGCCAGAUUAGACAGAAGAAUUGUUCUUCAAAACCCUGUGCCAAUGGAGGAGAAUGCCGCGACCUCUACGAUGGCUACCACUGUGAUUGCAAGCCAGGUUUUGGUGGAAAGGACUGCAAACAAUUACUUAACCCCUGCAGCUCAUCGCCUUGCUUGAAUGGUGCCUUGUGCCAUGAAACGGCACAUAGUUUCGUGUGCCGAUGUUCCCAUGGCUAUGUUGGUGUGAGGUGCCAAGUGAAAGCGAGCGGCGAUGCGAUGGACAAUCGUCCCUCUAUAGCUUCUAAUGUGUCCCAUCGAGUGUCCUCAGAGGAAGAUUUGCCUCUCAGUGGCAGUCAAGUGGCCCUCAUUGCCAGCCUCUCAACUGUGUUGCCGAUGCUUGCCAUUCUUUUGUGUUGUGUUGUGUACUGUGUUUUAAGACGGCGGCAGCGUCAGCCUUGUGUUGAGGAGCCCCAAAGAGCCAAAGAAUAUGACUUUGAUGUUGAAGAUGAGCAACUACAGAACGAGUUGAAUGCAAUGCACAUGAACAAUAAACACAAUAAUAUGCCUCAAAAAAUUGUGAAUGCAUUGGACAGAGUACCUGCCAAAGUUACUAAUGAGGCUCCUCCUAAAGUGCUUAACAUUGAUGUGAGUAAUAGAAAGGUGCCAGACAAAAGCUUAGUCUGUACACCAAGAACUUUAGAAAAGAAAGACAACACAAAUGGUGGUUCAAUAAGUUGCCAUCAUCCAGCGGAAUGGCCGCCCUCAAGCACGGGAGGAAUCUACGUCAUUGAAGAUCAUUUCAGGUCCUGUCCAGAACCAGUUUCUGCCGCAGACUUUGAGGACAUUUUAGCAACUGAAGUUUAAUAUCAGGCGCUUAUUUAAUGUUGUACAGUUUGUUGAAGUGCCUUUUUGUAUUAUAGUUCCAUACAUUUGUACAAAAGAGCUUUUCUAUAGAAAUUCAUAGAGAUUCUUUUCUAUUUAUAAUACGUAGGUGGAAUACCUAAUUGCAACUGCAUUGAGAGAGUGUCUUAAUCAGCAAUGGAAUGGCUUUUGAGAUACAUAAGUGUAUUCAUCACUCAUUUUCAUGUUCUAGUUUGUUUUUAUUCAUAGUAGCUCAAAAUGAGAUUGCUAGUCGAAAACUGAAACUUCACCACGGUUUUCGAAUUUCAUUUUUGUGCUUUAAAUUAUCAAUUUAAAGAACAAAUUUGAUGGUACACAAUUAUGAAUAUAUAUUUUAAGAACUUAAUUUUAGUUCAUACCCCAAGACAAUCAACUGUUAAUAAAAGCAAAAUUAGCUAAAUAGAAGUUUUUUGAUUAGAACAUCAUUUUGAGCUACUUAUGUUAACUGACAUGACUUUUCAGUCAAAACUUUGUUGAAUGUUAUAAUUUUAAAGAAAAUUUAUUUAUUUGAGACUGUGGUCAAUUAUUAAAAUCUCUAGAAAAUUAUAUGAAGUAAGAUAAUUUUCCAGCGAAAAAUAAUUUGUAAAUUGUUAUUUCUGUUGUUUUAAUGUUUUGAAAUGUAGAAGAGAGAAAAAUCUUCACUUUCAUUUGCGAAUAUUACACCUUAUUUUGUCUUGAAAACUUGUGCAUUUUAAAUGCAUAUAUUGAAAUACUCUUCCAAAAAAUGUUCUCAUUAGAAUCUAUUUUUAGAACAUUUUAUUUAAAAUACAAAAUUGUGAAUAGUUUUUCAGAUAUGUAUAUAGAAUCUAAAACAAGGUUAACUAUAUGCUUUCAGGAUUUUUUCUAUACCAUAUUAGUAUUUUUGUUACUUUAUCUUGUUCAAUAAAGACAUUAAAUUAUCAAACUUUAUAUAAGUCAAAUAAUGUACCAUGCAGUGCAAUUAUAUUUGAAAGAUGUACUUCACUUCAGCAAUGUAUUCUUUUUUAUUUAGGCACAUUGCAAUUAUGACUUUUUUUUCACUGUUUUGUAAUUAUGACAAUCAUUGAGAUCAAAAUUUUUUUAUUUAUUUUAAAUCAAAGUUCAAGAUUUUUAAUUUUAGUAAAGUUUUUAAGUGUCAGUUUAAUGUAAACCACAGGUGGCUUGUUAUUUGCAGAGUAUGCAAAAUGGUAUUAUAGUGAAAUAAAUGCAGCAAAGGUAUUUUAGUUGAUUUCAUUCAGCCCUAAAAAUCUUAAAAUCUGUCAGCACUUCUUAACUUAAUGCAAAGAUGCCUUUUCCUGGAAAAAUCUGCACAACUUAAUCAUUAAAAUGAAAAAGUGACAACAGCUGGGUGUUUUUAAGUUGCAUUCUAUUAUGUAAUAAUAGAUCUUUAAUUUAGAAACUGCAUUAGAUUAUGUGGACAUUUUCUUUACUAAAAAAAUCAGUUUUAAAGUGUUUCUUUGUACUAGAUAUUGAAUAGUAAAAAUCCUAAAGUAGCUGUUGUAAAUAGCGUGUGUAUAUUUCUAGUUGGAUCUCAUCAUGUAUAUAAACGGAAGCUGUUGUUUUUAUGUCUGUUUAUGCAACACCAUCUCAAUAAAUUCAUA